AUGCCAAUCGAUAGACCGAAUACGAAACAUCAACUAUUAUCCGAUUCAGCCAAAUUAUUCGACCCAUUCGGAUGGUUUGCACCGGUGAUUGUACGAGUCAAAAUCCUUUAUCAAAAAUGUUGGCUCUACGAUUUCAAUUGGCACGAUUUACUGCCACCCACCAUCGAAGAGGAGUGGAUCGAAGUUAAGAAAACACUACACCAGCUAGAACAGAUCAAAAUACCGAGAUGGGCAUCAAACUACAAUAGCAAUGUGCAGCUACACGGUUUUUCGGAUGCUUCUGAAGAGGCGUAUGCGGCUGUAGUAUAUUUACGAUCAGUAGAUUACAACAACGAGGUUCAUGUCACCCUACUAGCAGCAAAAACGAAAGUUGCUCCAGUUAGACAAAAUUCUAUACCACGGUUGGAGCUUAAAGCAGCUGAACUGUUGGCGAAACUUAUGAAGCAAGUUGCAGGACCACUGAAGAGAUUCAAUAUCGAGCGGUAUGCCUGGACAGACUCUACUAUAGUCUUGCAGUGGCUAUCCGGUCACCCCUGCAAAUGGGAUACGUAUGUAGCGAACAGAACUUCUUUGAUUUUGGACGUCUUGCCGAGAAAGCACUGGUCGCACGUCACAUCAAAGAAUAAUCCAGCAGAUUGUGCUUCGCGGGGCAUAUCCCCGUCCGAUCUAGUCAACCACCCACUCUGGUGGACAGGGCCUGAUUCAUCUACGUGGAAUCGUGAAGUACCUGAUUAUAAUAACAGUGAAGAUACACUGGAGGUACGUAAGCGAUAUAAAACACUAAAUAUUACCGUUAGUCUUCCAGUAACAACCAAUGUCAUCGAAAAACAAAUAAUAAAACAACGAUCCAGUCUCAUCGCGCAACUCAACCUAUCCCGGAUCGACGGUUCAUAG